GAGAUUUAUAGGCUUGUUAAAACUUGUUCAAGGAUUCCAUCCAUCAAGCUUCAUCUCUUUGUUUUAUCCCCUUACUUCAUUAUCAGCCUGAUGUUUUAAUCUCUUUGGUCAAUCCGUUUGUCUUUGCCGACGUUAAAUUCUAUAAAUCCUUCUUGUUUUUCUGGAAUCAUACAUUAUUUUACAAUUGUUUUGUUCUGUUAUACACAUCUUUACCUAAACCAGUGGGGUUUCUGGUCAGGAUUAGUCAUCUAAAAUGGAGUGUAGAUUUUCUAGUUCAAAGUGUAUGACAAUGUCCCAGAUUGAAAAGACAUAUUCAAGCCAGUUUUCCAGUGUCAGGCAAUUGGUCCAAGUUAAAUCCACCCCACUGUUCUGUUCUUACAGAGGUAUGUAUGCAAAGGCAUCUCAUUCAAGUACUCCCAACAACACUUAUGUGCCAAAGAAAUCCAUGGAUUCAGUUGAUGGACAAAAACUUGGAGCAGGGAAUUUAUUGUAUCAGAUUAACGGAACGAAUUCGAGUUUGUUCUCAAGGAAUUUGAGGAUGCUGGAUGCUUUUGAUGAUGAAUAUGGUGGAGUCAUUGUUGAUUUGGAACGAUUACCGGCUAAUCCAAAUGUCUUUGCUUCCAUGCUUAGGUUCUCAGUUUCUCACUGGAAAGCAAAGGGAAAGAAGGGAGUUUGGCUUAAGUUGCCCAUCGAAAAAUCAGAUCUCGUUCCGGUUGCUGUCAAGGAAGGAUUCGAAUAUCACCAUGCGGAGAGAGGUUACGUGAUGUUAACUUACUGGCUACCUGAAGGACCCAGCAUGCUUCCUGCUAAUGCUUCACAUCAAGUAGGCGUUGGAGGAUUUGUCAUCAACGACAAAAAUGAGGUUCUUGUAGUACAAGAGAAAUACUGUGCUCCUCCGUUUUCUGGACUUUGGAAAAUACCAACAGGUUUCAUUGUUGAGUCAGAGGAGAUAUUUACAGGAUCUGUAAGGGAAGUCAAGGAAGAAACUGGGAUCGACACUGAGUUUGUGGAAGUAGUAGCAUUCAGGCAUGUGCACAAUGUAGCCUUUGAAAAGUCUGAUUUGUUCUUCAUCUGCAUACUAAAGCCUCUAUCUACUGAGAUUAUGGUUGAUGAUCAUGAAAUUGAAGCAGCCAAAUGGAUGCCACUAGUUGAGUUUGUGGAGCAACCAUUGAUUCAACAAGAUUGUAUGUUCAAGAAAGUAAUCGAUAUCUGCAUUGCGUGUCUGGGAAAGCGUUAUUGCGGACUAUCGGUACAUCAAUUGGCUUCGACAUUUGAUGGAAAGAUAUCGUCUCUGUACUAUAAUGUCAUUGACUCGCAACAUAACAACUGUAUAGGCAACUGAAACAAUUCUAUGUCACUGCAAACAUUGUCUUGUGAAUGUGUUCCUCAUCCAUGGGGGGCUUGAGAAAUGAGAACUACCAGAUCUAUAACCUGUAAUUACACAUAUAUUUGUAAUGUAAAUAUUAAUGACUCUGAAUGAAAGAUCAUGAGAUGUAAUUGAAGUUUCCAGGGAAUGUUUACAUUUGUU